UACUCCACAAUGUUUACGACGCGAUGCGUUGCAGCUGCAGCCGCGUUUUGCAUGGUACAAUUUAUAGACCAGCACCAAGAGCUCCACAUACCAACCAUGUGCCGAAACGUGACGCUUUUAGUUUACCUUUAGUUUCUUUAUUACACAACUCUUCUCCCGCGUGGACUGAAUUUACGAUUAGACCGCCACCACACGACGUUGCUGCUGCUGCUGAUGAUGAUGUCAACCGCAAGUGUCAAUUGAGUCGUUUUCGUUCGUUGGGUCGUGUAUCGGUUGGCGGAUUUGGUUAGAUUUGCGGCCUGAAUGUGUGAGUCACCCCUCUGGGGGGGAAGCCACAAAAAUGACCGCCAAGGUUGUGUGUAGAUCCUGGUUGGGGAAGGGACAUCGAAACAUUAGUCGAUUACCGGCUGGAUUGACAAAUGAGAUCGAUUAAUCAACUGUGCAUCGUUAUGUCUACUCCAAGUACCGUUCUGGAAUGAUUCAGUAGCAAUGCGUUGGUUCGAGGUGCAGGAUUACAUCGGGUCACUGCGUCCGAUCUAUAUUGUUUCGAAAGCAUGUCUUGUUCACUUCAGUACACUGGAUCUAAGCACUGCAACCGCUCAAAGAACGCUGUUUGGCCAAGUCAGGCUGGUCUUUACGGUAUUCAUGGAUAUCUUCCUGUUCACGUUUGCUAUACGAAGCCUAACGUUGUACCUCGAGGUGACCGAUUCGCUUCUUCUGAACGGUGGUCUUUUCGCCUCGCUCGCGUUGACUUUCAUUUUUUCUACGAUUCUUCCCCUGUGGAACAGUCAUACGGAUGUCCAGAUGUACCAGUUAUACAAAAAUAUUGCGAUUUGUGAUGUAGAGUUGCUUAAUUUGGGAUUCACUGAGAACCAUUCCCGUCACCACAUGAUGAGCAUCAUCUUGCUCUGUAAUUCCAUGAUGAUGGUGGCUUAUAUAAUGAUAGCAAUCGUCUUUUUUCCAUCAUAUCUGGAAUGGCUUGGUGUUGCUAAACUUUUCCCAUCGGGGUGGACUACCUUAUCCUACGUUCGUACCAACCUGGUGAUGGGAGUGUUUGUCACUCAAACCACUUUGACACUGCAUUCGUUACGAAAGCGAUUCCAGAUGCUCAAUCAAGCGAUAUGCAAAUACCUACCAAACACAAUCCAGUCAAAACGAUCGAUACCGAACCCAAAGCUGACAUCGCUCCUGAUCUGGAAGUUUACCACCCUCCACGAUCUGCUCAGUGACACCGUGAACCUGUACAACUGCUGCUACUCCCCAAAAGCCAUCUUCAUAGCAGCUUCCUACUUCGGACUCACCCUGUUCUCCUGGUUCGGACUGAUCCACGCGUUCACCGCUAGUACGGACGUGACUACGUUCCGGAUGUCCGUGGCAAACGUCGUCUACGAUUGCUUCUUCCUGGUGUUGUUCGGUCUCCUAGUAUCGUUCUCGUGCCUAGUCAAUCGUGAGUGCCAUCGUACCGCAAUCCUCCUCCACAAGGUCGUCUGCUAUGGAUCCUUCGACAGGCGGACCACCAAACAACUUCGUUGCUUUUCGCAGCAGCUUUGGCACCAGCUGCCCAAGAUUUCCAGCCGGUUGUUUGACUUCGAGUGGGAGUUGUUCUAUCACACUUCGGGAGCACUGGCAACCUAUCUGGUCAUCCUGAUUCAGUUCGAUCUGGGUAACAUCAACUACAAGAGGCUUCCGCAGGGAAUUUUGUAACUUAUGUGAAUUUUGAUGUACAGAUAAAGAUAUCGAAAAUUUCAUUAAGAAAUUAUGGCUA